AUGUGCGCUCUGCACCUCCGGGUGCCCACAGGCACGCAGCCCGCCCAGCGCCUGCUGCGCUCCCCUCCUGCUCCCUCCCUGAGACCCCACUUCCCCACUCGGGACACCGCUGGUCCCCGCAGGCCCAGGUCCCCGCGCCCCCUCAACGCACCGGUGAUGGCCAGCGGUCAUCCCCAGGGAGCACGGCGAGAAGGGUUCAAGAACCCAGACAACUCUCAAAUCUCACCUCGAAGCCAGGUGACAUACCGCCUCAUGAAGCAGAUCUCAUCCUUCAUGUCAGAGAUCUCAGAUGAGUUUAAGGUGGUGGUGGUCCAGGCCAUCAGUGCCCUGUGUCAGAAGUAUCCUCGCAAACACGCUGUGCUCAUGAACUUCCUGUUCACCAUGCUACGGGAAGAGGGUGGCUUUGAGUACAAGCGGGCCAUCGUGGACUGCAUCAUCAGCAUCAUUGAGGAGAACACGGAGAGCAAGGAGACCGGGCUGUCACACCUGUGCGAAUUCAUUGAGGACUGCGAGUUCACCGUGCUGGCCACCCCCAUCCUGCAUCUUCUAGGCCAGGAGGGGCCCAAGACCAACAACCCCUCCAAGUACAUCCGCUUCAUUUAUAAUCGCAUGGUCUUGGAGCAUGAGGAGGUCCGGGCAGGUGCUGUGAGUGCUCUGGCCAAGUUUGGAGCCCAGAAUGAAGAGAUGUUACCCAGUAUCUUGGUGUUGCUGAAGAGGUGUGUGAUGGACGGUGACAAUGAAGUAAGGGACCGAGCCACCUUCUAUCUCAAUGUCCUGGAGCAGAAGCAGAAGGCCCUCAAUGAGGGCUAUAUCCUAAAUGGUCUGACUGUUUCCAUCCCUGGUCUGGAGAGAGCUCUGCAGCAGUACACUCUAGAACCAUCAGAAAAACCUUUUGACCUCAAGUCUGUGCCCCUAGCGACCACACCAAUGGCAGAACAGAGAACAGAAAGUACCCCCAUCACAGCCACCAAGCAGCCUGAGAAAGUGGCAGCCACCCGGCAAGAGAUCUUCCAGGAGCAGUUGGCGGCAGUGCCAGAGUUCCAAGGGCUGGGGCCCCUCUUCAAGUCGUCUCCUGAGCCUGUGGCCCUCACUGAAUCAGAGACUGAGUAUGUCAUCCGCUGCACCAAACACACCUUCACUGACCACAUGGUGUUCCAGUUUGACUGCACAAACACACUCAACGACCAGACUUUGGAGAACUUCACAGUGCAGAUGGAGCCCACUGAAGCCUAUGAGGUGCUCUGUUACGUGCCUGCCCGAAGCCUACCCUACAACCAGCCUGGGACCUGCUACACAUUGGUCACACUGCCCAAGGAGGACCCUACAGCUGUGGCCUGCACAUUCAGCUGCAUGAUGAAGUUCACUGUCAAGGACUGUGACCCCACCACUGGGGAGACCGAUGAUGAAGGCUAUGAAGAUGAAUAUGUGCUGGAAGAUCUGGAAGUCACUGUCGCUGAUCACAUCCAGAAGGUCAUGAAGCUGAACUUUGAAGCAGCGUGGGAUGAGGUAGGGGAUGAGUUCGAGAAGGAGGAAACAUUCACCUUGUCUACCAUCAAGACACUUGAAGAGGCUGUGGGCAAUAUCGUGAAAUUCCUGGGAAUGCACCCUUGUGAGAGGUCAGACAAAGUGCCAGAUAACAAGAACACCCAUACGUUGCUCCUGGCUGGUGUGUUCCAGGGAGGUCAUGACAUCUUGGUGCGCUCCCGACUGCUGCUUUUGGACACAGUAACAAUGCAGGUGACAGCCAGAAGUUCAGAGGAGCUGCCGGUAGACAUCCUCUUGGCGUCUGUGGGCUAAGAGGCCAGGCUGCAUGAGUCCUACUCCUACCCUUUUCUCCCCAACACUACGCAGAAGUCAUGCCUUCAUCCUGAAUCCAGUGGAAACUCCUUCCCAAGGCUCUGUAUCAAAAACAAUUAGAAAUCACUGGGGAAAAUUUUUUUUUUAAAAUUUAGCCCCUGCCCCAGGACUGCCAGGGGGUAACGUUUUUUUCUUUUUUUAAAUAGGGGAUGAUUUUAGCUUGUCCUAGAACCUGCUGCCGGGCCUGUCAGGGUAGGGACAUUACAAAUGAAUAAAAUGCUCACACUUCC